AUGGUCAAGUUAACGCAAGUCGAAGACGAAUCUCAAACCACUUACCCAGAUGGCACUACCACUGUUGAGAAAGUCGAAGUAGACACUUUUGAUGAUUCGGAUAGUGAAUUUGAAGAUGACGAUGAUGAUUUCGAUCUCGAAAAUGAAACAUUUUACGACAGGGUCGCUGCUUUAAAAGAUAUAGUUUCACCUCAACAUAGAGACCAAAUUUAUAAUUUAUCGUCAACAGUUACCAGUUAUGUUCAACUGGGGUUGAACAAUGGAGGCAAAUUGUUAUGGACUUUGACUUCAAGUUCAUUGUUGUUGGGUGUUCCUUUGGCUUUGGCUAUUUUAUCUGAAACUCAGUUACAGGAAAUGGAGAGUAACAUUAGUUUGCAACAAUCAGCUCAAGAUGUUUUAGCUCCAGGUAGUGAAGAAGCUUUUGGUGGUAAGAAGGAAACUGCUUAA